GCUUAUUUUUGGAACGGUAGUGGUUUAAAAGCUCGUGAGAACGGGCCACCAGCCUUAGUCCUCCUUCCUCCGAGUUUGCGACUCCCGAGUCCGAGAUGGACAAAGUCUGUGCUGUUUUUGGAGGCUCCCGGGGCAUUGGCAGGGCAGUGGCCCAGUUAAUGGCCCGGAAGGGUUACCGACUGGCUAUCAUCGCCAGAAAUCUCGAAGGGGCCAAGGCCGCCGCAGGUGACCUGGGCGGAGAUCAUUUGGCGUUUAGCUGUGAUGUUGCUAAAGAACACGAUGUUCAAAAUACAUUUGAAGAGAUGGAAAAACAUUUAGGUCAAGUAAAUUUCUUGGUAAACGCAGCUGGUGUUAACAGGGAUAGUCUUUUAGUGAGAACAAAAACUGAAGAUAUGCUCUCUCAGCUUCAUACCAACCUCUUGGGCUCCAUGCUGACCUGUAAAGCUGCCAUGAGGACUAUGAUUCAACAACAGGGAGGGGCCAUCGUUAAUGUAGGAAGUAUUAUUGGUGUAAGAGGUAAUUCUGGCCAGUCUGUGUAUAGCGCUAGUAAAGGAGGAUUAGUUGGAUUUUCUCGUUCUCUUGCUAAAGAGGUAGCAAGAAAGAAAAUCAGAGUGAAUGUGGUUGCACCAGGAUUUAUUCACACAGAUAUGACAAAAGACUUGAAAGAAGAACAUUUAAAGAAAAAUAUUCCUCUUGGGAGGUUUGGAGAAACUGUUGAGGUGGCACAUGCGGUUGUGUUUCUUUUGGAGUCACCAUAUAUUACGGGACACGUUCUAGUAGUGGAUGGGGGAUUACAGCUCAUGAUAUAAUGUCCAUGUUUUUCAGUUGUUAUGGGGGUUAGCAUGAAGGACACACAUUGUGUUUGGCUGUUGAUUAGACAAUCAUACCUACAUAGGUGACAUUUGCAGUUCAAACCUACUGAUGCUACAGAUGUUGAUUUCUGUCUUUACAUGAAUAUAUCUAAACAGAACAAUGUGACCAAUUAUGUUUUCCAAAGGGUAUGUGUAAUCUAUCUUUGGUUAUCUGAAGGCUGUAGCAGUGUGAGUAUAUAGGCAUUUUGCAAGUCAUAUACAUUGGUACAUGUAUUCAUUUAUAUAUUUUGCUUCAAAAAUGGAAAAAAUUAUACUUCUCGUUGUGAUGAGUUAUUUUAUUGCAUCAGACUGAAUUUUCUGGAAUUUAACCUUUUGGGCUAUUGACAAAAUAAGAGUAUUUACAGGACACUGACCUGCUGUCAGUACUUUAGAUAGAGAUCAACAUUGUAUUCCUUUUGCAUAUGUUGGGUGAUCAGUUUUAUAUACGUCAGAUAAAAUAGUGUCAGUUAGAAUAAGGUAUAAGUUUAGAGUUUAUUUCUUGGAGUGGUAUUACUCUAAAUUGAGCCACUGGGUAAAAUAAUCUAUAAAUGUUAAAUCUGAUACAAUUGACCCAUUCUUUAGAAAUUCUUUUAAGGUUUUAAUAUCUGAUACAAUAAUAAGGUAUAUAGAUUAGGAGGUUUUUUAUCCACGAAAAUCUCAGUAUAGUGAGCUACUUAAAAACAGUGCAAGAUGGGGCCAGCAGGUGGCAUGGUGGUUAAAAGCGCUGGAUUCCCACAUGGCUGACCAUGGUCUAGUCCCGGACCUGGCGG